AUGGCCAGGCCGACUGUCAUCCCCACGAGCGUCAGGGCGGCCGCGCCCGAGGCCUUCAUGGUGCUCCACCUGAGGAUGAGGGUGGUGGAAGAGCAAACCAGCGCGCUGGUGCGAGACCUGGAGACGCUCGGCAUCGAUGAGCAGAGCCUUGAUCAUUUCCACUCAAAGACCUCAGAAACACCUGCUAGUCACUCAGCUAUUAGCCCUGUGCAAGCCAGGGUAGCAUUUGUGGGAGAAAAUACACUGUGGAAAAACUGUGAAACACUGGUGAAUCGAAUGUGUCGGUUAGAGAGUGUUGUACAGACACUGAAAUCAAACGUCUUCCGGCUGCAGGCAGAAAAGGAGCUGAAUCCAAAGCAUGCAGCCCAGUUGGAGCAGCGCCUGAAUGCAAUCCAUGAGGAGCAUUUACAAGAAAUGAAGAUUGUACAGCAAGAAGCAAUGAAGUUGCGGCAACGCCUAAGUGAUAUGAAACAGGCUGAAGAAAGGGCAAAUGAAGAAGUUCAGAGACUGAGUACUGCUCUGGAGAUUACAACUGCAUCCAAGAUGGAUGUAGUGAUUGCAGCUGAGGAACUGAGGAACACAAAACAGAAAAUUAACUGUAGACUUCAGGAGCUAACAGAACAGCUGUCUCAGGAGAUCAGCCUGCGGGAGUCUUUGGAGGAAUCCCAAGCAACUGUGAUGUGUCAUGUACAGGACAUGGAAAGAACAGUAGAAGCAGAACGGAAGCAGGUACAGAUAUUACAGCAGGACUGCCAAGAGUUGCGUAAAGAUGUCCAGCUAGCCCGUGUGAGGCUGCAAGAGGAGGAGGAGAGAACUGCCCAACUGGAGCAACAGUGCACACAGCUGAAAGCUGAGCUGGACUCCAGGAACUGUAUCAUUUCCCAGCUUGGUGAAGAAGCAAAAAAUGCACAGAUGUCCUUUAGCAAACAAUGCAAAGAGAACUUGCAACUUCAGUCUAAAAUGACCGCCUUGCGAGAAACAGCAGAGAAAAUACAGAUCCUUAAUGACCACUUAAGCCAGCAAUGCUCAGAGCUCAGCACCACACUCCAAAGUGUUGCCAUGGAGAAUGCUAAACUCAUUUCAGAUCAUCAGACCAUGCUUAAGGCAGAACAAGAAAAGACUCGUAAGCUGCAAGAGAAAGACUCGCUUCUGAAUGCUGCCCAUGCCAACGUUCUUGGAGAGCUGCAGAGUGUGCAGCAUGAGAGGGCUCAGCUUCAAAGAGAGCUGGAGGCCUUGCGUACAGAGCAUGGCAAAUACAGGCAGAAAGCAAGCCUUGCUGAGGAGGCAGCAACCACACAGACACAGCUUUUGGAAGGUACUGUUGCUAGACUGCAAGGUGAACUUGAGACAGCUUUGCAAGAGAAAGGAUCUCUGCUCGCAGAAAAGGAAGAUCUUCAACAGGAGAUAAGGACAACAGCAAAUGAAACAAUACAGGAAAGGAAGAAAUUGGAAGUAGAAAAAACAGAGAAUGAGCUAGAAAUGGUUUCAAUGAAAUUCACUUUGCAAACACUAGAGGAAGAGAACAAGAGGCUAUUGGAUCGCUUGGCUACACUGGUACAUGAGCAGUAUGCCCAGCAGCAGGUACAACAGGUGCUGGCAGAGCUGACUGACAGCAAAAAUAAACUGGCCUGUGACAAAGGAAAACUUCAGAUGGCAAACCUGCAGCAUCAGCUGGACGCAGCAAAGGAUGAUAACUGUAAGAUGACAGCCAUGCUGGAGCAUGUGUUAGCUUCUCAUAACAAGAUGCAAGCAGCCCUGGAUGUGGUACAAACUGAGCUGGGACACAAGGACACUGAAAUCAGCAACCUCAGAAAAGACAAGAGCCAGACUCAACAGAAAAUACAGAGGUUGGAAACAGAAUUGGAAUAUUGCCAAGCCAAACUGGUUGCCAUGGGAAGGCAGCACAGCAGCCAGGUGGAACCACUUUGCAAGGCACUAGAAGGUGCUAGAACAGACAGCAAGAAACUUGUUCUUCGUUUGGAAGAAGUUUUGCAGGUCAAUAAUACCCUGCAGAGCAAGCUGAUUCAAGCUCAGUAUGAACUGAAAAGUAAAGAAACUGAGCAUCAACAGCUGAUGGUCUGCAGGGAACAGUUAAUGGAAAAAGCCAAGACUGAGGAAAAGAUGUAUGCUGAACACCUAGAGUCUUUGAAGAAGCAGUUUGAAGCUGAACAAGAGGCUUCCAGGAAAGCUUCCUGUCAAGAAUCUGCUGAGGUAAAGAAAUCCCUUGAAGAAUCCUGCUCCAAAUUGGCUGAAGUUUCCCGUGCUAACAGGGAGCUGCAGCAGAAAGUAAUAGAGCUGGAAAAGUCUUUGUCCAAUUACAGGGAAAAGCUAAAAAGCCAGAGAGCUCAAGUCAGACAAUGCCUGGCCUAUCAAGCUAACACAGAAAGGGUAAAGGAGGCUGAAUCUGAAUUGAGGAAGAUGGAAGCAAUAAAAGAGGAGUAUCAGAAGAAGAAUUAUGAACAAUCACAGGACAUCCAGAAAUUUGUGUCAGAGUUGAAAAGUGUGCAAAGCGAGAUGCAAGUGUUGUUGAAAAACCAACGUGAGGUGCAAGUGCAGAACAGGCAGCUGGAGACCCAGCUGGAAGCGGAGAGAAGGCAAAGGGAGCAGCUGGAAAAUGAAUGUCAGAAACUGGAAAAAGCAGUCAAACAUCUGAAGAAAUAUAAAGAGGAGACAGAAAAGAAACUGAAGGAAGCCAGCAUAGAAUCAGAACAGAUCACAACUAACCUAGAAGCAGCUCACCGUUGGUUCAAAUCUAAGUUUGAUAGCCUGCAGCUAGAAGUUGUGAAAAACCACCAGACAAAGAACCCUGAAUAA